UUUAUUACAGAGAACUCAAUAUGAUGAGUACAAGUCCGAGCGCUAUCAUGAACGUAUUGAGGAAGAGUUCGAACGCGUGACAAUUCUCUAAGGAUAUUGUACAUCGGCACUUGUACAUUUCCAGUUAUAUUAUCAUUUAAAUUGGCACUCACCCAUCCACCAUGUACGAUCGAGCGCCACGGAUGCUGACCAAAGGUCAGGAGUCCACGCCAGCCACUGUUGGGCCUGGCAGCUAUGAACCUGAGGCACCAGCGCCGUCAAAACUCAAAGCAGAUGGCUAUGCACCCUUUUCUUCCAUGACGACACGCGAGACGUUCCUGGUCGUUCACGACAGCGUCAUUGCCGCACCCGGCCCCGGCCACUAUGACCACAUGAGCGAUUUGCGCAUCACGGGUGGCCACUCGCUGGCCAACAGGUCCAGACGGUUUGAGGAACCCGUCUCCAAGACCCCCGGCCCGGGCACUUACAACCUGUCCAAGAGGGGAGAUUGGAUCAAGAAGACGGGGGUCCAGACCCAGGAAAGGGACGGAGAUAAAUCUGGAUCGUUGGUAACAAGCAGAAUCCGCUACUCUCGCAAGCCCCAAGCGCCGUCUAUCCCCACGCCGGGCCAAGCCUACGGUUACGAGGAGCAUGAAGAUGGGACGCUGAAGAAGCAAGAGCCGCCACAAAGAGAUGCAACGAUAGGACCAGCGUACUACGCCCCUCCACACAUUAAUACCAAGACAACCAGCAAGUACAAGGGGGUCCACUUUGGGAGGCUGACCUCGAAGCGGAUGGACUUUGACGGUCAGGGAGGCCCAGGCCCGGGCGAAUACGACCCCUUCGCUCCAGUUGAAAAGAACCUGGAGCUCCUGAAUGCACCAGGUCCAUCGAGAAACACGUCUCGAGCAUUUGAGUCCAAACUCCCGAGGUACCACGAGGUCAUUGUCCAUCAAGAAGAGAAGAAGGCUGUCCCGGGACCAGGCAAAUAUGAGAUUAACAGUCAAUUUGAUAAGAGGCCACAGGCUGUCAACACAGAGGGUAUGGAGGUCGAUCAUCCGCCGUUUAUGUCACAGUCAAAGCGAUUUUUGGACCAGAGGCACAGCGCUCCUGCACCGGGCACCUACAACGAUCCACGGCAUGCCCUUGAAGCACUCGGCAAGAUCCGAGGGUUGAAGAGAAGUCCAUUCGGUCAGACAGCGGUGCGAUUUAUGCCUCAGCCUCACAUCCAGAAAACUCCAGGACCCGGAUCGUACAGUUUCAGCGGCCUGGCUGGCAACAGCCUGCGCAAGGCCUACAUGGAGAGCACGAGGCGCGGGGCCUUCGGCUCGACGUCUGUCCGCAUCAAGCCCAUCACCAAGCGGGAGGACACGGCCCAGCCGGGCCCUGCCCACUACCAGGUCAAGGACCGGCCACAUUACAGCCGCUACUCACAGAAUGUCAGCGCCAACUUUGCCUCGCAGACAGAGAGGCUGCACUCACCACCGCCAGUCAUCAAGGAGAAUCCACCCCCGGGUAGCUACGAAGUCAGCAAGUCCUACGACAUCAGUCAAGGGAAGAAAGAGCCCGCCAUCCCCAGGACCGACACAGGCAAGCGCAAGAAGGGCUCCUUCCUAUCCUCGUCGACCCGCUUUGCCCCACCGAGGGACGUCUUGUUGGAGAAGCCGGACAUCCACAACCCAGGACCUGGCACUUACAAUCCAGACUCCAUAGAAGAAGCCAAGAAUGGACUGAUGGUGACCCGAGACAAACGCUUCAAGGAGAAGAGGAACGAAUAUCCAGGGCCGGGCACUUACGAGUUGAGUCCCCUGCUCCAAGACACCGUGCUCAAGGGAACCUUCAACGCGACCCUCAACAAUCCGGUGGCCCCACAGGCCGAGAUCUCCAGGACCAAUUCCGUCAUGCAGAAACAAGCAUUCGUCCUGGGCGUCUAAUGGCGGUGCCAUUGUUUUUUUUAAAUUGCUUUGCAGCUUUUCCCUAACUGCUACAUUGCAAGCAGUAGUUGUCAAAAGCUUGUCAGACAUUGCCUCAAGGAAUUUGCAGUGCGCUGGGGGAAGGAUACAGUUUAGCUGCGAUCACAAGGACAAAGGGGGGGGCUGUUAAUGAACACCGUUUUAGUUUCUCUUUAAUCCUCAGUUGUUUCACCGUUUAAUACAACCACAAAACAGAAGUCUUGGAUUUGCCUUCUUUGGGCAUUUAAGGCUGAGUUUGGGCGGCCUGUUCUCGUAUGUUCGUGGACAGCUCAAUUUGUUGUUCAUGGGCGGGCUGCUCAAAUGCCAGGAACAUACAACCAGUUACCAUUGGUACUGGUAGGCCUAAUAAGUGGCAAGCAACAUGCAACUUGGUGGCAUCCAUGUAUGUUUUUCGAAGGUUAAUGUUUAGAUAAUUGGGCUGAAGUACUUUUUUAUUUAAAAAGAAACAUUCGUUUCCGUGUUACAGAAAAUUAUUAAUGUUAAUUUUGCAAAACUUCCCAUUGUCUACAGCUUUGUAAUCCAUCUCGCAUACUUGUGGCUGUUCAAAUAUAAAAAUGUCCAUGAGGUUUUUCGUAUGUUCCUCUAAAACCCCGAGGAGGAGGUGGUGUGUGUCCUGUUCCGAGAACAGCAUUCUUGGGUCAUGUUCCCACCAUUUGAACACGAGAAGAAGCAACCCGUGUCAAGGACAGGCCACUCAAACUCGACCUAGAGUGCACCAGACAGCAGGAUUUGGUGUCUUUAUAAAAAAAAAAAAUAUUUUCCGAGGGAGGAUGUCCCUGGACCCCCUUGUCUGGGGAUCUCAAUCCUCAACCAUUGUAUUUCAAUCCCCCCCUUUCUAUCAAUCUGGGUUCACUCAUAGCCAAGCACCUAAGCCAAGGCUAUCUGCAUUAUACUUGGUAUAGGCAAAUUAAUUCUAUAUGGUCCAGACCACAAAUUCCAAUCAGUAUGGGUGGAUAACAGUUAACAAAAUGAUCAUAGACUUCCAAACCAUUAAGUCUGUCUGCUUUGAUCUGUUCAUUCUACAUUUUUCUUUGUCAAAGUCGCGUUGAUUGUCAAGGAAUAAAUUCUUUAAUAUUCCAUUGCAGUUCAAGGUUUUGUACCUUUUAAAUUAUAAAUACAAAUGAGUUGUAUUCUAGCUUGUUCACGUGAUGAAAUACCGGAGAGGAUAUCGCCGUCUCCGUCCACAAACAUACAAUUUUGCAGUAAAAUAUUAAUGAAAAUAUAAAUCAUGAUAUUUUGCAUGGAUUCUUUGAGUGAUUACCUGGAAUGUCUUCCUUGGGGUUUGAAAACUGUUUCCGUCCAUAAAGAUUCAGACAGUUGAAACAAAGUAUUUAACAUUAUAAGCUGACAUUAAAGUGACUUGUAAAUAAAAAUAUGAAAUUUAAAAGUA